AUGGGAGGCCAUAUUGACUGCUAUAUCGAUUGUGUAUCGCCCUACACUUACAUGGCACUUACACACCUCCGCAAAAACCGCGAGCUCCUCUUAUCUCAUGGUGUAACAAUUGAAUACCAUCCAAUUUUCCUCGGUGGCGUGAACGUCGGCUCAGGCAACAAGCCCCCAUGGACUCUUCCUGCCAAAGCCAAGUAUGGGAAAUUCGAUUUAACCCGAUCAAAGAAUCACCACGGUCUACUGAAGAUAGAAGCCCCACCUUUCUUUCCUCCCUUAUCCCUCCUUCCCCAACGAUCAUUAUGCUACGUUAAAGCUACCUUUCCACCUGAGGUGUAUGAGGAGACGUAUGUCCACCUUUUCGAAAAGCUCUGGACGGCGCCAAACCAAGUCGACAUUACCCAGCCGGACAAUUUCCUAGCCGUCCUUGAAGGAUUCGGGAAAUUCUCCAAGAAAGAGGCCGAGGAUAUUCUCAAGGCUGCUGGAGAGAAGGAGUGGAAAGAUAAGUUGUUGGAAAAUACCCAGAAAGCCCUUGAUCUGGGGGCUUUUGGUGCGCCUUGGUUGUGGGUGCGCAAUAGUGACGGAAAAGAAGAACCUUUCUUUGGUAGUGAUAGGUUUCAUUUUAUAUGGGAAUUCCUGGGGUUGCCUUGGCAGGAUAUCCAGAUCCUUCCUCCAAAGCAAGGAGACAAGGCCAAGCUGUAA